AUGUCACACACUCAGGCAUCUCCAUUGCUAGCCAUAGCCGUCGACAGAGACAAAAAUAGCCAAAGUGCCUUCAAAUGGGCUUUGGAUAAUCUCAUCACCGCGAAAGACAACCUCACACUCGUCCAUGUCAAUACCAAGAGUUCAUCAUUAGAUAAUGCCAAUUAUGUCGCCCGUAUCACAAGGGAGAUAAUUAGUCCUUUUCGAUGUUUCUGCACGCGCAAAAAUGUACAGUGCAAGGAUGUCAUAAUUGAAGGCAUUGAUGUUGCCCGAGCAAUAAUAGAAUUUGUUUCGAAUGCAAGAGUCGAGAAGCUAGUGGUCGGUGCAUCAAGAAGCGGAUUUCUUAGAUCAUUAAGAAGCACAGACCUUAGUACCUCAAUCUACAAAGGGGUGCCUGAAUUCUGCACCGUCUAUGUCAUCGCAAAGGGGAAAGUAUCCUUCGUGAGAAACGCCACUAGGUUGCUGCCGGCCAUCUCUCCUUUCAGGGCUCAAGUCCAAGGCCAACCAAUUGCCCAACCUAAUCCAAUACAGAUCCAAAGUAAUAAGAACGAUAUAAAAGUUCCAAGUGAGGCUGCAGACAGUCCACGGAAUCAACAAAAACAGAAUGAUUCGAUCAAGACACCUUUUAACAGAGGAGGAAAGCGUGCUCCAACAACAAAAUCUCAAGAAGAGAUUAUCAUGGCAGAGAGUGAUGGGUCUUCUGAUCAAGUGGAAGAGGAGUUAAGAAUGCUGAAGUUCGAACUUAAGCAGACCAAGGACAUGUAUAACACCGCUCGCAAAGACGCACUUACUGCAACACGAAAGGCAAUGGUGCUCCAGCAUUGGAAGAGAGACGAAGAGAGACAUUUAGAAAAGGCUCGGCUGGCUGCAGAAUCUGCUAUUACAUCAACUGACAGCAAAACAAGUGAAGCAUCGGAACAUGCAUUUGCUCUGCCACAUAGAGAUGUCAGGUAUAGAAGGUACGCGAUAGAGGAGAUAGAAGAAGCCACUGAAAAUUUUGCAGAAAGUAGGAAGAUUGGGGAAGGUGGUUACGGCCCUGUUUACAAAUGCUUCUUGGAUCAUACACCUGUUGCUAUUAAGGUUUUGCGUCCAGAUUGUUCACAAGGAAUGUCUCAGUUUCAUCAAGAGCUUGACAUAUUGUGCUGCAUUCGGCACCCAAACAUGGUUCUACUGGUCGGUGCUUGCCCAGAAUACGGCUGCCUCGUAUACGAAUACAUGGCCAAUGGAAGCUUGGAGGACCGCUUACUCAGGCGAGGGAACACACCGGCCAUUCCGUGGCAGCACCGGUUCCGGAUCGCCGCAGAGAUAGGCACCGGCCUCCUCUUUCUGCAUCAAACCAAGCCGGAGCCGCUGGUGCACAGAGACCUCAAGCCCGGAAACAUCCUCCUCGACAGGAGCUUCGUGAGCAAGAUCAGCGACGUCGGCCUUGCCCGCUUGGUCCCUCCCUCCGUGGCCAACAGCGUCACUCAGUACCGCAUGACGGCCACGGCAGGAACCUUCUGUUACAUCGACCCAGAGUACCAGCAGAGCGGCAUGCUCGGCACCAAGUCCGACGUCUACUCGAUCGGGAUCAUUCUGCUUCAGCUGGUCACGGGGAAAGCUCCCAUGGGGCUGACGCACUGCGUGGAGAGCGCCAUCGAGAAGGGGACGUUCGAGCAAGUGCUGGAUCCGUCGGUGCCCGAUUGGCCGGUGGAGGAGGCUCUUAGCUUGGCCAAGUUAGCGCUCAGGUGCUCUGAACUCAGGAGGAAGGAGAGGCCUGACCUUGGAAAAGUGAUACUGCCAGAGCUGAAUAGACUCAGAGAGUUUGCAGAGGGCAGCAUCCAGCAGGACUCCAUUUUCGGGGCCUCGGCGUCGUCCGCUUAUAGCCAUUUUUCUGAGAGAGAUGCGUUGAGUGGACCUGCAACAGAGCAAUCUGGUUCUGAAAGCUGGUCAAGAUGUUGAAGUGGAUUGGCGUCGACGCUUGGAAGAAGAUGAGCAAUUUCCAUGAUGAAGGAAACAAAUCCAGAGAAAAGAUAAAUAGUAGGUUUCUAGUGUAAAUACUAUUG